GCCACCACACGGAGACAACAAGGAACAGAUGCUAGAGUCAACUUAAGCACAGACUGUGUCAGUGUUCGUUGAAUCAGCCAACAGCGCCGACUGCAGCACACUAAACGACAACGUCUGUAAAUUAUUUGAGCGAAUCUUACUCGUAACAAAAUUUUGGCCGUUUGUCGUGCUGCGGCUUGUUCAGCAUUCAUUUCAGACGGCGGGUAUGAGCAAAACACCACGCUUGACAACGGUCUGUUGCAAAUUUCCUGAGUUGAUUAAUGUUGGUUGUUGAUAAUACUAAAUCGUCACACUAAGUUUAGGAGAUGGGACAGCAAUUUAGUUGUGAGCUCGUGUACAGCUGUUACAUAGAUCAGAAAGAUUGUUGUGUGUAACAGAGGCAGCUUUGUUGGCGCUGUUGUUGUGUGUCCAAAUAUGGCCUCCCGAAGCUCAACCCGCUGUUCAACACCAGUCCCUAAGAAGUGCCACCCUGUUAUCCAGCAUCCACUUUCCGGAUUUUCGGUGGACCGGAUGCUUAAGAUAACAGGACAGCAGUCAGGUUCGGCUACCAGUGUUGUGAAUGGCAAAUCUGGCAGCUUUGGGGGACCCACAGAUUUUGAUUCAAAUAACAACACUUCCUUGGGACACAUUUUAAAAUGGCCUCCAGAAUUUACAAAAAAUGCCCCGCCAGUGAAGAGGCCCAAAAAGAAUGAAAGGGUUCGAAAUAAGACACCAAAUCAACAGGAAGAGUUGGACAUGCAGAUGCUGGAGAAACUCGAGACAGGUUUUUACAGUGUCCGUCACCUAUUCAGAGCCAAUGACUCUAGUGGACAAGGAAUUGUCUCUAGGGAAGCUCUACGUCACAUCAUGUUUGCCAUGCUUGGAUAUAUUGAUGGAUAUCAGUUCAAUAAAUUUCUGAAGAGACAUGGAUUGGACAAUAUGGCAACUAUUCCAUUUGACACUUUUGUAGCAUGUUUUCAAGAAAAUGAGAAUAGUACAAAGAUGGAGUGGAUGAGCCCAUACCAGAAAGCAUCUAUGGAAAAGAAGAGUUAUCCAGAAGAACACCUGAGGAAUAUUGACUUCUGGACGAGAGACACCACUUACCAGUCUGGCACAUUUAGCUUCUCUGCCUUCAAGCAGAAAGCCAGAGAAAAGAAUUUUGAUCUGACCAUGUAUCUACCAGGAGCUUGCUUUAGGAGGGGUGGUAAGGUCAUUCCCCCACAGCUACGUGAAGCCAUGGCCCUCCUGGGACUCAGGAUGACCAAUGAGGAGUUCCAUAAAGUCUGGGACAGGUUUGAUUGGGAAGGCGUAGGUGCUAUCAAGACAAGACAUCUGUUAAAGAUACUGGGACUGGGUAGUGAGGGAAAACCAGAACAGAGGGCUCAGAGCUGUAUGGGCAGAACCAGAGAGAAAUCUGCGAAAAGUAGUCCCGUCCAGCUAGAGGUGACAAAUAGUGCCAUAUGGAAGGAUGAAAAGGAGGAAAAAACUGAUGGGAGUGGAAGCGAGAAGAUGAACAAGUCACCCGUAGACACAGAGGAGGUGCAGAGGAAAAAAUCUGAGAUGUAUUUGAAACAGAUCAAACGCACAUCCUCAACCAAAAUACAGCCUAGACUGGAAAACAUCCUCGACUGUCUCAUUUUUAGGUUUGAAGAACCAUACAACUUAAUGCUGGCUGCAUUCCAACUGUUUGAUCACAAGAAAAGAGGCUAUGUGUCAAAGAUAGACUUUCGCCGGGUCCUCCUGGAGUUUGGGUAUAAUGUGCCACUCACUGAGCUGGAUGUUUUCUUUAUGAGGUGUAAUCUGCAGCUCAUAAAGGGCGAAGUGAACUACAUUGAAUUCUUGAGCAGAUAUCAGAGCAAAGGUGAAGGCAGCCUCACCCACAAGAUCAUUACUGGUAAAAGAUUUCAGAAUGGAAUACCUGAAGAAAGUUCAUCAUGCCAGGAGUUGUCUGCAGAGGACUUGGAGGUUCAGCUGGUGCUCUUCCUCCACGGAGAGUUCAUACGCUUCGUCAGGAUGCUCAGGAAGUACGACGUUCAUGAUGUGAAUGUAAUCACCCAGUACGAGCUGUGUGAUGUCCUUGACAAGUUCCUGGGCUACCAGCUCUCUCACAAACAAUUCAGCCAGCUUGUGAAAGACAUCGGGCAGCAGGAGGAGGGGCUUGUGCCUUACCACAGACUUCUACAGGCCUUCACGUCAAAUGCCAAGGAAUGGAACAAAAAGCUAGAGUCGGGCAGAUCGCCAGUACUGAAGCAAGCGUCAAAUACCUCCUUGGUGGCUGAAGAAGAGGGUGAAAAAACAAUAGUGGAUGUAAAACAGCAACGUGAAAACGUGGCUGCUGUUGAAGAGCUAGAGUCGAAAAUAGGAGAAAUGUUGAAACGGAAGCUCCAUAUAUUUGACAAGAAUUUCAAGCAUAUGGACAGAAGAAAAAUUGAGAAAGUGAAUAGGCUGCAAUUUAAGGACUUGAUGAAAUCGUGUGGGAUAAAUCUGCACCCAGAAGAGCUUCUCUUACUGUGGUCCAGUCUGGGUGUCAGACCUGAAGAUUCCAUUGGGUACACUCAGCUCCUGGCACACUACAUGAAGCAGGGUUAUGUAUCCCGCCCUAACCAGCACAGCAAAACAGAAGUUGCAAAAGACAUCAUGCCAGUCAUCAAAAGAGCUAAAACCUUUGUGCCAGAAAAGACACAGAAAAUCUCACUAGGACAUGAGGACAUACGCAAGGUGCGAAGAGCAAGGACAGAUUUGAAGGUGGAAACUGUGAGAGAUGUCGAGCGUAAGCUAACAUAUGACAAAACACAAGUGGAGGAGGCAGUGAGAAAAAUUGAGGGCCAGGUAAUUGACAACUGGGAUUUUCUGAAGAAAAGAUACAGACAGCUGGAUGCUAAUGGCUUUGCCACUAUUCCUGUAGCGGAGAUGAAGAUAUUGUUGAGCAAGAUUACAGACAAGUUGACUGCAGAUGAAGUAACAGGAAUUCUUCAAAAAUAUGACACGAAGAAGAAUGGCAGGUUUGCUUACAUGGAUUUCAUGAUGCAGUGCAAACAGAGCAGACGGUUUGGCUCAGGACUGUCACCAUCAGGUAGCAGAUGCUCACGGCCACAAACAGCUCCCGCUGGAGAUUUCAGGGAGCCCGUGCAGAAGUGUUUGUUGCAGUUUCAGAAACAGGUCUUGGCAAGAUGGAAGAGUGUGCGACAGGCCUUCAAGGCGCUGGAUGUGAACUCGGAUGGGUAUGUUGAUUCCUCAGAACUCCGUCGUAUCCUCACAGACUUUGGCAUAAGCUCCACGGAGGGCAACACCUACCACCUCAUGUCAGAGUUUGACACCAACAUGGAUGGGAAAAUCUCAUACAAUGAAUUCUUAGAGCAGUGCCUUCUUUUGUAGAUAGCUUGUGAAUAAAGUUGCUUUCGUAUCAGAUCAAGAAAUACAGAUGACCUUGCCAAUUAAAAUCUUGCCAUAUGAAGGCUGUGGUAUACAUUUGAUUAAGCAUUCCUACCUCAAUUGUGUAUAAUAUUUAAAACAAGGGUAAUUUUACUGCCAGCAGCAUAGUUUUCUAUUUAUAUACUAUUUAAUUAUGUUAGGAGGAGCCUUUUAAAUUGCUCAAUUUUUGUUAUUUUUGAGUCUUGUAUUUCUACAUCAACAAAGUUGUCCAACUAAAACAGAAUUCAUUAAACUUGGAUUGUUCAAAUUUAUAAUGAAAAAGGUCAGAGUACACUUUUUAGUUUUUAGUGCUAUUAACUUUUUGGAGACUUUUCCAGUUGUACGCAAAA